AUGACAUCUUCGUCUUCCGCAGCCUCCAGCGGCUCGACCGCAAGAACGCCAGCCGCGCGUCUGCGCGAGCUCCUCUCGCAACCCUCCAUCGUCGUGGCUCCCGGUGUCUUCGACGGCAUCUCUGCUCGGAUGGCACUUCAAGCAGGACACAAGGCGCUGUAUCAGACCGGAGCGGGAACUUCAGCGUCGAGACUCGCACGUGCAGAUCUCGGGUUCUUGGGCAUGUCGGACAUAAUCGGUGCUGCAGGUGUGUCGAUCAUGGCUGAUCCGACCAUGAUGACGCCGGUGAUUGCGGAUGCUGAUACUGGAUUCGGAACUGCGCCACAAGUCGCACGCACAGUAGCAGAGUAUCAUCGCUCCGGGAUCGCCGCCCUACACAUCGAAGACCAAGUGCAAUCCAAACGCUGCGGUCACCUCGACUCGAAACAGAUCGUCUCGCAAUCCGAAUUCCUCUCGCGCAUCACCGCCGCCGUCCACGCACGAGACUCUCUCCCCUGUUCCCCCACCGAUCGCAUUCUCAUCAUCGCCCGUACCGACGCCCUCGCCGUCUCUGGCAUCGACGAAGCCAUCCAACGCCUGCAACUCGCUGCGGCCGCAGGUGCCGAUAUGGGGUUCCUCGAAGGAAUGCGUUCCAAUUCCGAAGUCGAACAAGCUUUUGCCCAGCUACCUCAAGGUUGGCCGAUGAUGGCGAAUUGCGUCACGGGUGGCAAGAGCCCACUAUGGACCGCCAAGGAGGCGCAGGAGCUGGGUUUCAGGCUGGCUAUCUUCCCGUGUGCUGGCCUUUUCCCUGUGGCAAAAGCCCUGUUGGCUAGCUACACGCAUCUCAUGCACGACGGGAUCGGGAUCGAGGCCGAGACGAGCAAGGAGAAGGCGUUGGUGGAUCUAGGUGGCGCGGAUCCGAUGGGAUUGAGAAACUUUUUCAGGGAUAUGGGGCUGGAGCACGAGGUCGAGAUCGACAGGCUGGCUGCUAGCGGCGCUGGGCUAGGUGACGUGUGA